CUGAGGCCCGAGUCUUCGGGAUCCCGCCACGAUGGUGCUUUUGAAUCACAUCCUAAGUUUCAGCGGUCUUUUCGUCUUGCUGACACAUGCAAAUAGCAGCCCACAUGCACCUUCGAGGUUGCUCGGAGUAGACUGGGACCUAUGGACUACACUCAAUGCCUCUGUCGACGGGCAUCUCCAUCUGUCAAGACCCUUCGAACUGCCAUGUUUCUCGUUAUUCGAAGGCCAGGCCGUCUCUCCGGACUCUCUGGGAUGCGCAGCUGUCCAAGCAAACUAUACCGACCCGGUCUUUCGCUCCGAACACUUCGGCGCGUACAUGCAAUCGCAGUGGGAAACAUGUCAAGCCACGGGCUCUGGCUGCCUUUUAGACGAUUCGGACCCUACGAACCCUGCAGCCUACCAAGAUAAAGACUGUCAGACAGGGAAUAUCGCCCCAGCCUACAUUGACGUCCAGACUGUUGAGCAUAUUCAAGCGGUGUAUGCCUUUUCGCUCAAGACCGGCGUUAGACUAUCGGUCAAAAAUAAGGGUCAUGACUACAAGGGCCGCUCCAGUGGCUGGAACACUCUCGGUCUAUGGGUUUCGCAUCUCAAUGCUGGCUUUAUGUCCUUCAAUGAAACAUUUGUGCCGGAGAGCUGCAACACUAGCUAUCGGGCUAUCACUAUCGGAACUGGAGUGGAAAUGCAACAGCUCUACGCCUUUGCCGAUCAGCAUAACGUCACCGCUGUCGGGGGAUACCACAGGACGAUUGGAACAGGCUAUUUCCUGGGCGGAGGCCACAGCAUUCUGUCCCCAGUAUACGGCCUGGGCGUCGACCGCGUGGUCGAAAUCAAGGUUGUGACUCCCGACGGUCGCUUCCGAACUGUAAACGAAUGCGAGGAUAGCGACUUAUUCUGGGCUCUGCGCGGAGGUGGCGGGAGCGCGUUUGGUGUAGUCACUGAGCUCACGAUGCGGGUGGAGCCCCAGCUGACUUUGCAAGCAGCUAUCAUCGAAUUCCCCGCCAACUUGUCAAACCUCGUGUCUUGGUACGAGCUCAUGGUUAACAACUCCCUUAGGUGGGGGCAGGAGGGCUGGGGAGGGCAUAUUGUUGGCGGCAGUUUGAUUCAUGUUAACCCGCUCCUCAACCAGUCCGCUGCUCAAGCAUCGAUGCAAGUUGCUAUCGAUUUCGCAGUUGCACAAGGCGGCUCCGGAUUGAUCGACGAGCUACCGUCAUGGAACGCGUUCUUCCUCAAAUACGUGACGUCUGCGGAAGCGCCCGUUGGUCCAGAGUUGAUGCUGGGAACUCGACUACUGAACACCUCGCUUUUUGCGACUGAUAGCGGAAAAAUCGCGUUAUCCGCGGCUAUUGCGAACGCUUUACCUUUCUCGACCCCUUAUAUCGUGGUCGGCACUCCGUUUUUAUUUCCGUAUGUCGAAGGCACGACCAGCGUCACGCCCGCUUGGCGCACUUCUCUGUGGCAUUUCAGUGUAAAAGAACGAUUUUAUUUCAAUAGCACUCUGCAGGACCGUCAGUCGGAGUAUGCACAAGUUGACCAGCAUAUUCAAGUGUUCCGCAACUUGACGCCAGGAAGUGGUGCUUACUUCAACGAGGGCGAUGUUUACGAGCCUGAUCAUGAACAAUCAUACUGGGGAUCUAACUACAAAAGACUACUGGAAAUCAAGGAGAAGUACGAUCCCUACCGUAUCCUGGACUGCUGGCAAUGCGUUGGGUGGAGGGGCGCAGGUGAUCCUCUAUAUGCGUGUUACGUGCAGAUCUAGAGACGGGUUCAUAAAGCAAGCUAUUCCCUUGCCCAGGUAACUGAAACAUACGUGGAAUUCAAUUUAGGUGCCGUAGAGCAACUCUAGUACUCUGUAGCAUACGAUGAAAUCUACAAGAAUUACGAUCCGUCUGCCUAAGUACACCCAGAGCUUCCUAGCAUGCAUCCAAUUGUUCAAAACUUGCUACUCGGGCAUUGACUAGCUCCGUGGAGAUGCGCGUGUCCGAGCUCAUGCCACAUUAGCAGGUAUUCGAAGCUUGAGCUUGAGGUCGAAGGAGAGACACUGCGAAUAACUUCGCAGUUUACAGCCUCAGAUGCAACUGACACGUGAAGGAUAUAGUGGCCUUUGCUACUAACAUAUCGUCGCAAGAAGCGUAUAUAUGCGUGGCCUUAGCAUCAUGGAGGGCCAGUCCAAUAACACCGGAGCCGUGCACAGCCGUUGUACGAGCGUCAACGACAUUCAUCCUGACCACUCCCAUCUUAGCUGCUGCGUCUGUCGCAGGACAUCUAACCUUCCAGCAGGCAUUCUGUCCAGACAUCGCUUUUGAAUUUUGUCUACCAAUAAGCAGUGUCAGUGGUCCGUUCCUUCGCCUGACCGCCAGGACCGACAGCUUCUUCCUCUUCCGUGAGGCAUGUUACUUUCACGAGCUCGCCAAGGUUCCAUAGCUGCCAUUCAGGUGACGCGUACAAUGCCCUUCCGAGCCUGAGCUCCUUCAAAGGGCGCUCGCAGCGUAUCCGCCGCCUCAGGAACUGCACCAGGAUGCCAUGAUUCUCGUGGUCGACCUCGGUGAGCGUGAGGAUUUCGAGCUUGGGGAGGAGGUCCUCCGCGUCGUACAUGGAGGCCAGUCCAUCCAAGACUCCAAGAUAGGUAGUUGCGCCGUCUGUGAGGUCGAGGUGGACGAGGUUCGGCAUCUUCCGGAAGAGGUGCCCGUUGUUCGGCCAGGACUGGCAGAUCCCGCGCAGGAGCCGUAGCUCGCGCAGCGCAGGGAAGGUGUGGUGCGGGUACGCGACGAUGGCGGACGACAUGUCGGACCUGAUCGGGCCCUGAUCGCAGACGAGCGUCUCGAGCGCUGGCGCAUCGAACCAGUCGAAGAGAUCCUCCCAGUCGGUGAUUAGAAACGUGAGCAGUUUGAGGUGCGGGAAGGUCGCGGUAUGGACGAUCCCGUUUCUGCUGUGCGCGCAUUGGGCUUCGUCCAGAGUGAGCUCCACAAGCUCCGGUGCGGCCAGUGAGAGCUGAAGAAGUUCCCGAUCGGAGAUUGUGCCGCAGCCGAAGUACAGCUUCUUAAGAUGUCGGAGAGGUGUAGACGGGGAGAAUGUCAUGGCUACGCGCAGAACGGCAAGCUCCGUCAAGCCCGGGCAAUCGGGUAAGGUCAUAACGCCCGGGAGGUUGUUCAUGUGUCCCGUGUGCCAUAGCGCAAGAUAUUUGAGGGAAGGAAAACUCGCGCGCCCAAUGACCUCGAGAACAGUCUGUAGGAAGACCGAGUGGCUCGUCUCGAUGUCGAAGUGUUGCCAGCGCGAUGAAUAUUGAAGGAGAUCGGUAAGGCUUUGCAAAUAUGCUCCAACCCAGGGAGGCGACUGAACCGCGAUAGAGUUGCCUGUGCUCCUCCUGCUGUCGACAUCUUUACCCGUGCAGAUGAUAUGGAGAGGGAGUGACCCGGAUCGCUGCAGCCAGAGUGCCAAAAGCUCCGCGGAGCGACCGAGAUGAAGGCAGCUCCACAGACGGGGAAACCCUAGUGCAGUCUGCCUCCACCGCCGGCAGACAUGAGUAGGAAUUGUCGGGUUGCGCUCAAGCGCGCACCGACGGUCGAGCGGGAUGUGCUCGUAUGCGAUCUCGAAUAUCUCCAUGAGAACAUCAUCAGGUAGGGUGUAGACGGAAGCAAACUCGGCUGUCUCUACAGCGUUCUGUUUGAGACCAGCCUCUAUACGAGCGUACUCGCAGAGUAAUUCCUCCUUCUUGCUUUCGAGAACGGUCCGUUCUGCUGCAAGCUCGGCGAGCCUUGUCGAUUUCGUGAUACUGUCCACCGUAUUCCGCGAAUACGUAAGCAUUAGCUCACAAGUUAGCUGCGUCCCGCGAUACAAAGUCCAGGAUAAAUGAUGUGUAAAAUUUAUUGGAACAACACUCGAAGCGUACGUACCAUGAAGCAGCGCGGUGCAGUGAGGGCGAGACGGAAG